UGUUCAAGUGCGUAGUCGAUAUAGUCGUUGACUCCUAAAACCACACACUUUUGAUAAAAUACAGAAAAAAACCGCAUAUUUUUGGUAAGUUAAAACUGCACACAUUUAAUAGGUUAAAACCGCACUAUUUUUAAAAUUGUUGUAUCCAAAAAAAUGCAUAUACGAAUAAUCUAAAUUGUAAGGUGUGUAACAUUUUUAAAGUUAUGACAUUGAUUUUAUAAUAUAUUAUAAAAUCAAUGAUUAUGAUUAUUGUAGUAUAUCUUAUAAUCUUAUCUUAUCAGUUAGUUAGCACUAAAAAUAGUGUGCGGUUUUAACCACUAAAUUGAUAUAUUUUGUUACACGAUGAUCAAUAAAAUGUGCUGUUAUAUCGACUAUUUUUGGGUCAAUAUCAAAAGUGUGCAGUUUUCGGAUGCAACCGAAAUAAUAUUUUUACUUUUAUAAUAAAUAUAAUAUUAAAAUUAGCUAAUAAUUAUAUUGGUAAUAUGAAUUUGAGUAAUGUAGUAACGGUAGUAACGGAGUGUACAUUCAAUAUUAUUUCAAUUUUUAUUAUUUGAAUUAAAACUGUUGUUGAAUAUAUUCGUGAGCACGUUUUUGUCAGGUGCGUAAUUUAUUUCAAGACGAAAUGGCUAAUCAACUCGAAGAAACAUUAAAAAGAAUUCAAUCCAGCGAUGGAGUCGAAGGCUUUAUAGUACUAAACAAUGAUGGUGUCCCCAUUAAAUCCACAAUUGAGCACUCGACAGCAGUCCGGUAUUCUGGUAUGAUACAAAUGUUAAUAGGGCCAUCAAAGCAAAUGCACAAACAAUUCAACGCUAAAGAUGAAUUGAAGUCAAUGCGUUUACGUACGAAAAAAAAAGAGAUAAUAAUUGUACUAGAUAAACUAUACACGAUGAUUGUAAUCCAAAAUCCAACUGGAGCAAAACCGCCGAUAUAACUAUAUUAUAAUUUUUUAUUCAAUAAAAACACUAAUACAAGUUAUACAUUAUCUAUGCACUUGGAAUACCUAUCUAAUUUCUACGAGUUGAGCUUGAAGUAAAGAUAAAUAGUUACAGAUAAUGUAUUUAAAUUGA